AUGUUUAUUCUCGGUACACUUGGAAAUACUCUUGGUCUUAUUGUAUUUUCAUCUCGAAAAUUUCGUCGAGCAACUUAUGGUCGUCUAGCAAUUGCAUCAUUAGUUAUAAAUCUAUUAUGUGUCUUUCGGUAUUCAUUACUUUUACAUUCAAGUGCUCGUCGUUGGUUAACAUACAAAGUUGGUCAAUCAUGGUUCAAUUGUAAAUUAUAUAGAUUUUCAUCUUGUUUACGUAUUUUGUCAGCUUUGGUAAUUGUAGCUUGGACAUAUGAACGUUUCACGUAUGUCACCAUAAAUUAUCGAUUUUUUACAAAUCGUCCAUUCUUUAAACGGUAUAAAUUUUAUUUUAUGACAUUUAUUUCUCUAAUUAUUGUUGGUAUUCUUACUGGACCAACUGUUUAUUUCUAUCAACCAAGAUUAAUAAUUUUACCAAAUAAUCGAAUUAUAACUCAACAGGAUAUAUCAUCAACUUUAUCGUUCAGUUUAUCAAAUACUUCAUAUCAAGAAGAUUAUUCAGUGAAAGAUGACAAUUCAACAAAUAAUCAUUCAUAUCGAUCUGCAUGUACUUUAAAAGAAUCAAUUUCAACAUCAUGGUAUAGUUUUUUAAGCGAUGUUCGAUUUGGUUUAAAUUACACAACAUUACGCUCAAUACUUUCAGAAUUAAUUCCAUCUUUAUUUGUUAUCUUAUUUGAUAUUGGAAUAAUCAUUCAUGUUGUUAUAUCAACAUCUUCCAUAUCAACCAAUGGUCCAUCGACUAAUAAUCGUUCAAGUUAUCGUGGUUCACUUCAAAGUAAAGAUGGUGUCGAUGGUUUAAUAGUACAUAAUCGUCCACGUACAUCAUGGAUGAAUAUCGUCUUAAUUAUACAUUCAUUUCUUUUUUGUUUUUCAUCAUUAACGGCAACAAUUGUUCAUUGGUCAACAUCUGAUGCCCUUUUAUCAUACUGGACAAGUGUUGUCAUCUUAUCUAAUUGCUCAUUAAAUUUUUAUGUGUAUUGUUUAAGUGGAAGAUCAUUUCGAAAUGAAAUACGAAAGUUAUUUUAUCGUUAUUUUCAAUUAUAUUGUUUCGGAAGACUGAUGAAUUUAUUUCGGACUAAAUCACAAAGAGAUGACGUUACACAAAUUGUUCGAAUGCGUUUAGUUCGACAUCGAAGUACUAUUGUACCUGGACAAUCUACCGGUCAAUUUCGUGGAGCAUCGUCUCCUCCUACAUUUAAUUAA